UUCCCCUGCAGCAGCAGCAGCAUUGAACUUGCAGGGCUGGAGGGAGGGAGAGAGAAAAGGGGGGAGCAGACCUUAACGCAGAAGCUGCCGUGGCUCACCCCAGGCUUUGUGAAAUGAACAUCAGACGUGAGCCGUUUUCGGAUCCACAGAGGAAGAGUGUUGCUGCUGCUGCUGAAGGAGAAGAGGAGGAGGAGGAGUGGUCAGGGAUCAUUAGAAUCCACUUCUGAAAAAGAUCGACUGCGCCCAGAACGCAGCGCAGCGCGGAGACAACGCAGCAGAGCCUGGAAAGUGCGUAAAAAUCUGCCAAGUUGUGUCGAGCAGCCGAUGAUCCGCGUCUGAUCCGAGGACUGCGGACUGGGCCGAGUCAACGCUGCAUUGUGGCCAACUGAGACAACGAUCCCUCCCCGAGGAUUGCACAACCCAUUCUCCCCAAAAUGUCAUCUCAGGCGAAAGUCAAGAAGGACAAAGAGAUUAUUGCCGAAUAUGAGACCCAAGUGAAAGAGAUCCGUAACCAGCUGGUGGAGCAGUUCCGCUGUCUGGAGCAGCAGUCCGAGUCCCGGCUGCAGCUGCUGCAGGACCUGCAGGAGUUCUUCCGUCGAAAAGCAGAGCUCCAGCUCGAGUACUCCAGAGGCCUGGACAAACUAGCUGAGCGCUACUCCGCCAAGAUCCGCACCUCCAGAGAGCACCAGCACUUCAAAAAGGACCAGAAUCUGCUGUCCACUGUUAACUGCUGGUAUUUGGUCUUGGACCAGACCAGACGGGAGAGCAGAGACCACGCCAUGCUCAGCGACAUCUACAACAACAACGUCAUUGUCCGUCUGGCACACGUGGGCGAGGAUGUCAUCAGACUUUUCAAAAAGAGCAAAGACAUCGGGGUGCAAAUGCACGAAGAGUUAGUGAAAGUCACCAACGAGCUCUACACGGUGAUGAAGACGUACCACAUGUACCAUACCGAGAGUCUCAGUGCUGAGAACAAGCUGAAGGAGGCGGAAAAACAGGAGGAGAAACACAUUGGCAAGUCCAACGACAUAGGCUCCAGCCUGCUGCGUUAUGGUCAUGAUGAGCGUCCACAGCGACGGAGCUCUGUGAAGAAGAUGGAGAAAAUGAAGGAGAAGAGACAAGCUAAGUACUCUGAAAAUAAGCUGAAAUGUACAAAGGCCCGCAACGACUAUCUUCUCAAUCUGGCGGCCACCAACGCCCUGGUGGCCAAAUACUACAUCCACGACGUCUCAGAUAUGAUAGAUUGUUGUGACUUAGGUUACCAUGCAAGCCUGGCACGCUCCAUGAGAACCUACCUGUCCGCAGAGUAUAGUCUGGAGUCUUCUCGCCAUGAGGGUUUGGAUUUACUGGAAGGAGCGGUAGAUGCGAUGGACAUCAGAGGAGACAAGCUGAAGUUCAUGGACACACACAGUCAGAUUUUCUGUCCUCCCGCACGCUUUGACUAUCAGCCGCACAUGGGCGAUGAGGUGGUUCAGGUGAGCGCACAGCAGCCAGUCCAGACUGAGCUUUUGAUGCGCCAUCACCAGCUGCAGUCUCGCCUGGCCACGCUGAAGAUAGAAAAUGAAGAGGUGAGGAAGACUCUCGAUGCCACGAUGCAGACGCUUCAGGACAUGCUCACCGUGGAGGACUUCGAUGUAUCAGAAGCCUUCCAGCACAGCCAGUCCACAGAGUCGGUCAAAUCGGCCUCCUCUGACUCCUACAUGAGCAAGGCCAAUGUCGCCAAGAGACGAGCCAAUCACCAAGAGACUGAGGGCUUCUACUUCACUAAAUACAAGGAGUACUUGAAUGGCAGCAACCUCAUAGUCAAACUGCAGGCCAAGCAUGACCUUCUGAAGCAGACACUUGGAGAAGGGGAGAGGGCAGAAUAUGGAACAACAAGGCCCCCCACUCUUCCCCCUAAACCCCAGAGAAUGCGGAAGUCUAGACCUCGCUCCUAUUUUAACCAUAAGCUGUUUAACGGCAAUAUGGAGGCCUUCAUUCAGGACUCAGGGCAGCCUAUUCCAGUGGUGGUUGAGAGCUGCAUUCGAUACAUCAAUCUGUACGGUCUUCAGCAGCAAGGUAUAUUUCGAGUUCCCGGCUCCCAGGUCGAAGUCAACGACAUUAAAAAUGCAUUUGAAAGAGGAGAGGAUCCAUUGGAGGAUGAUCAGAUUGAUCAUGACAUCAACUCUGUGGCGGGCGUUCUGAAGCUCUACUUCAGGGGGCUGGAAAACUCGCUGUUCCCUAAAGAGCGUUUCCUCGAUCUCAUAUCUACAACCAAGCUCGACCCGGGUGCAGAAAGAGCUCAUCACCUUCAGCAGAUAGUUGUGACUCUUCAGCGGCCUGUGAUCAUCGUCAUGAGAUACCUGUUUGCAUUUCUAAACCAUCUUUCCCAGUACAGUGACGAGAACAUGAUGGACCCCUACAACCUGGCUAUUUGCUUUGGCCCCACGUUGAUGCCCAUACCAGAUGACGAGGACCCUGUGGCCUGCCAAGCGCAUGUCAAUGAGGUCAUUAAGACGGUUAUCAUCCACCAUGAGGUCAUUUACCCAACCCAGCGAGAACUGGAGGGACCUGUGUAUGAGAAGUGCAUGGCUGGAGGGGAAGAGUACUGUGAAAGCCCCCACAGUGAGCCCGGAGCUCUUGAUGAGGUAGACAAUGAGGUGGAGCAGAUAGAGGCCAUAGCAAAGUUUGACUACGUGGGCCGGAGUCCUCGAGAGCUUUCUUUCAAGAAGGGAGCAUCUCUGCUGCUCUACCUGCGAGCCUCUGAGGACUGGUGGGAGGGCCGUCAUAACGGUGUGGAUGGACUGAUCCCACAUCAGUACAUCGUGGUGCAAGACAUGGAUGAUGCUUUCUCAGACAGCCUUCAGAGGACCGAUAGCGAGGCCAGCAGUGGAUCCCACCGUGAUGACAGAGCUUCAUCCCGAAACGAACGUCAGUCUCCUUGUGAACACACACCUGAGCACCGCUUUGGAGCAGGUUUAGGAAGAGUGAGAGUGCGAUCAGAUGGAGCUGCAGUUCCACGCCACAGGAACAUUGCCGACAGUCACAGCCCCCCCAGAGCUGCAGACCAGCCCCCUAGAGUUAUGCCUCGGCCCUGCAGCCCACGCAAAAUGGCUGUCAGCAGGGGCCUAACGGACAGCCCCGAGAAACGGCGCCUCACCACGUUUGGCAGUGCAGGCUGCAUCAACCACCCAGACAGGAAGGCCUUCAUCGACAGCCACUCUCAACGCUCUUCGCCCAGUACCACUCGCCAUGCGAGUUUGGGAGACCACAAAGCUCUCGAAGCUGAAGCGCUCGCUGAGGACAUAGAGAAAACGAUGAAUACGGCUCUCCACGAGUUGCGGGAGCUGGAGAGACAGAAUGUAGCCAAACAUGCCCCCGAUGUCGUUCUGGACACUCUGGAACCUCUCAAACACCCCAGUGGAGUCCAGGAUCCACCCGGCAGCCCCUUGCACACCAUGGUGAUCCGGGACCCUGAUGCUGCCCAGCGACGUAGCAGCAGCAGCUCCUCCUCCGAGACCAUGACCACGUUUAAACCUGCUCUGUCGGCGCGAAGGCCGAGUGCACCUCUAAGGCCCCCGCCUGUCAGACCUGUCCGGCCUGCUCCAGUGAUUGGACAGGGGCAGGGACCACACCGCUCCAGCAGCUCUAGCUCCUCUGGUCUGGGCAGCCCAGGCAUCACCCCCACUGACAGGGUCUUCCCCAAAGCUCCUUCCCCGUCGCCAUCAACCUCCUCCUCCUCCUCAGACAAGCAAGGUAACAUGUAGCUCUGUCACAAACUCAAGUGGAUGAAGAACACUGUGAAUACUGAGUGCUUGUGAUUACCACCACACCCCUACACUUCUUUUUGACAGCAAAACAAACUUUGACACCCAGUGUGUAUCAUAAAUAUUACCACUAAUCUUGUAUAUCGUAGGACGACUACUGCUGGUUUCUGCCCACACAUUUACUAGCUGGUGGACAAGUCAAUGUACUCUUUGACAAAAAUAUAUUACACAGAAACAGGAUUUAAAUAUACUAGAAUUACUUCUUAGAAUGGUACCGUGCUGAAUAUCCAUGCUGGAUUAAAAAAAAGGGAUGCACUGGAAAAUACUUCUGUUUAUUGAAAUCUGACAAUGGAACAUCUCAUUGAAAUGUUAUUAGAUUAUGACGCUAUUAUGAGCUCGGACUUUGUGUCUGGUUUUCUGUUCCAUUAUGAGGGAACACUUAAGGGAAUAUUUCACCACAUCCUGUAGACAUCCACUCUGUGCGGGUGGUUCAUGCAUUCUGUCAUAAUGAGGACGUUUCCUCUGAGAGCCCGUCCCACAGUGUCACUCGUCAGAGCUGAACAGUGGACUCAAUUAUAAGCAAAUGCAGUUCUUGUAAUGGCCACUAGAUGCUGACUCUUCAUGCUGGUGUCCCUGAGUGGUAAUAUACAGCGUAUGUUCACAUGCAUUUAAAAGAAACUGUGUCACGCAGGAACUGAGACUGAAAAGCUGAAGGCAACACAAAAAUGGCAUCAGUUUUAUCGUCAUGGUUAAGGAUUAUGCUUUUCUAAAACAUAUAAGAUAUGCCAUUAGAACAAUUUUAUACAUAAUUUACAUGAUACAAGAAUUCUACAUAUAAUUUCAGCAAAAUGGAGAUAUUCUAUCUAGAUAUCCUUUUUAUGAAACAGACUAUUUCUUUGUUCUUCAUUUGCAGUCCGAAGAUCCACACGAGUCAAAUGUUUCUCCACACAAAACAUAAACAGCGAUUCUUUUUGUGGGUGUUUUUGGUCCAAACAACAUUUUGACUAAUCUCUAUAAACAGGUACGAAUGCAGAUAAAUCAAAGAGCUGAUAGCUGAUGUAUUUCAGUCAAUGUUUUCCUCGUCCUUUCCGCCCUUAACACAGACUAUUUACCUGCAGGCAAACAAAGCCUGCCCAAAAGUGAGCGGCACCAAUAUCCUUUCCCUCGCCUAAAGAUUCUGUAGAAUCACGUACAGAAUUUGUUAAUAGAAAUUCGAAAGUAAGAGGUUGCAAAAGAAAAAAGAAAUAAAAAGAAAGUCCUUGUAAACCUUCUAGUACAACUGUCAAUCUGGUCAGUCUGCAGCCAAUAGCCUGGAUUGUGCUAUAUUAGCUGGUAGCAGCAGCACACUCAACAUGGUGCCUCUUUCUGACUCACACAGACCCACACAUGAGUUCAUCCUGUUUAAUUCAUGUCAGUGCUGGCAACCAAUUCCCAAACAUACCUCUAAAGUGUGACAGCAGGAGACAAGAAUAUGAAACUAACUCAGCCAAAGUUUUAUUUUCUUCUUUUCAUUCAUCUUAGAAUAUGUGAGCAGCAGAGGUUAACCAGACUUUCACAGAGAACAUUGACAAUUAUUAUGGACACACCACUCCUAAGGUAAUUAAUACAUGGAAAUAACAAUGAAAAUGAUCUAAAUGUUCUUAUUAUAUUUACAUGUCUCUUUAUUAAAAGAUAAUCACAUAAGCAAAACUUUCUCUUACAAUUCAAGUGACUAAGUCACUUAAAAACACAACAGGGAACGGUGCUGCAUCUGUGGGUUCUGUGUUUUCAUUUUGAUGAAACUGCUAGAAACAUGAUGUAGCACAUGAGUAUCAUUGAAGCUUACGUGAUGUCUAGAUCACACAUGGUCACUUCAGGCUGUGUGCGUGUUUUAGGAUGAACUUGUUUUUUUGUUGGUGAUUUUUUGUUGUCGGUCUCAUGAGAAUGAUCAAUAUAUCUUUAACGUGUAACAGGUACAUUUGAAUGAAUAUAUACAGUACAUACUGCUAAAGGAUACUUGUAUAAAUAACAUUGUAUGAUAGAAACAGGAUAUAUUAUCAUAUCUAGUGUGUAGAUUCUUUUGUAAUUCUUAUCCUUGCACAAACAUUAACAAAACAAUAAAGAAAUGA